UACAUCACAAAUUCAACUCCAAAAGCAAAGCAAUCUCCAAAACAAACCCAACCCCCUCAAAGCCAUCAUCAUAUAUACCCUUUUAAAUUGCUAAACCACUGAGACAAAGAAGCCAUGGCUACUUCUUACAUAUCAACCAAUCCAAUUCCCAUCACAACAAUGAGAAACAGAAAUAACCACUCAAAGCCUUUAACCACCAUCCAGUGCUCUGCCACUUCUCAUCCCUUUGUCCAACAUAUAACCCAAUCAUCCCCUUAUUACCAGCAAUCUUCAUCACCUUUCAUCAAAGAAGACAUGUCCUCCAUGUCCCAACUCAUGGGCCCAACCAAACAUGAGCGGCAACAGCACACGAGAGAGAGCAGCAGCGGUUCACGUCCGAGUUGGAACAUCUUCCAGCGCGCGGCGGCUGCGGCGCUUGAUGUGAUUGAGGAGGCUUUCAUAAGCAGAGUGCUCGAGAGCGGCCACCCGUUGCCUAAGACUGCCGACCCAGAUGUCCAGAUAUCUGGGAACUUCGCCCCUGUAGAUGAGCAACCACCGUGUCACAACCUGGAGGUCUCCGGCCGUAUACCUCCAUUCAUCAAUGGUUUCUACGUCCGCAACGGUGCUAACCCUUUGUUCAAGCCUGUGGCUGGGCACCACUUCUUUGACGGUGAUGGUAUGGUCCACGCCGUGCGCAUCUCUAACGGUAGCGCUAGCUACGCGUGCCGGUAUACCGAGACAGAGCGGCUCCGUCAGGAGCGUGACAUCGGGCGGGCUAUAUUCCCUAAGGCGAUCGGCGAGCUGCACGGCCACUCGGGCGUUGCGCGCUUGCUCCUAUUCUACGCGCGCGGACUCUUCGGGCUGGUUGACCACACUCACGGCAUCGGUGUGGCCAACGCUGGGCUUGUCUACUUCAACGAUCGCUUGCUUGCCAUGUCCGAAGAUGACCUCCCGUACCAAGUCCGGCUCAAAGCCGACGGCGACCUUGAGACCGUCGGACGCUAUGACUUCAACGGCCAGCUCAAAGACUCCAUGAUCGCGCACCCCAAGCUCGACCCUGACACUCGGGAACUCUUCGGACUUAGCUACGAUGUCAUCAAGAAACCAUACCUCAAGUACUUCAAGUUCUCACCGGACGGUGAGAAGUCCGCUGACGUUGAGAUUCCUCUCGAGAAACCAACCAUGAUGCACGACUUCGCCAUCACCGAGAAAUACGUAGUCAUUCCAGAUCAACAGGUGGUGUUCAGGAUGCAGGAGAUGAUCCGAGGUGGCUCACCCGUGGUGUACGACAAGGACAAGACAUCAAGAUUCGGGAUUCUACCGAAGAACGCCAAGGACGCGGCGGAGAUUGCAUGGGUGGACGUUCCCGAUUGCUUCUGUUUCCAUCUCUGGAAUGCAUGGGAGGAUGAAAGCACAGGAGAGGUGGUCGUCGUCGGUUCUUGCAUGACUCCGGCUGACUCCGUUUUCAACGAAUGCGAAGAGAGCUUGAAGAGCGUGUUGUCAGAGAUCCGGCUAAAUCCAAAGACUGGUAAGUCCACUCGCCGGCCAAUCAUAAACCCAUCCAACCAGUUGAAUUUGGAGGCUGGCAUGGUGAACCGCAACCUGCUUGGCAGGAAGACACGCUACGCGUAUCUCGCCAUCGCCGAGCCAUGGCCGAAAGUGUCAGGCUUUGCCAAGGUUGAUCUCUUCACCGGAGAAGUGAGGAAGUUCUUGUACGGUGAUCAGAGGUAUGGUGGCGAACCUUACUUCUUGGCUAAAGACCCGGCGGCGAAGAGAGAAGAUGAUGGGUAUGUUGUCACCCUCAUGCACAACGAGAAGACAUCGGAAUCGGAGCUCCUGAUAGUGAAUGCGACCGAUAUGAGGUUGGAGGCAUCAGUGAAGCUGCCAUCCAGGGUACCUUAUGGAUUCCAUGGGACCUUCAUCAGUGCCAAGGACAUCCAGUCUCAGGCAUAACACAGUUUAUAGUAUUAUUACUGUUAGUGUUAUACUGCAUAUGAUGAUUACUCUUAUCAGUAUAGAAAGGGAAGGGAGAAUUACCAGAGGGAUUGGUAGAGGUCCCCGGAGUCUCCCUUUUGGCACUAUAAUAGUUUAUUCUUUUGUUGUUGGUACUUGGUACCACAGUGUUUUCAUCUUAGGACCAUGAGAGACCAGCUUGUAGCUUUGUUGGCAGUAGUUUAGGUUUAGCCGAGCUCAGCAGGUUUC